GCAGACACUGUGACGCGGUUACCAUGAGAAGUUAGAACAAGUGUCAGCAUCACAAAUGUAUCUGCGGUGAACACAAAAGCAUCGACAGGUAGAUAAUUGCCUAUAAACACGCCGGUAUUAUUUCAAGGCAUCUGUCGGCCUAAUAAUUAAUCGUGUAGUUAUCUAUUCAAGCAAAUCAUGUUCUAUUGUUAACGAAAGACUAAAAGUGAAACGACUUCGAAAAAAUAUUUACUUCUUUCGUUCCCCGUAAAUGAACAGAACAUUCCUCUUAAUUUGGAAAGGGAUUUGUGUCGUGAAAUAAGAACCGAAAGAACUGAAGAUGAAAGUGGUAGUAUCUGUGCUAAGCAUACUGUAUAUCGUAAUAAGAUCUGCCGAAUGUAUACCAGAAUUGCAGUAUUCGCUCAUAAAACGCACGCUCCAAUUUUGGAUUUGAUAGAUAACAACGACAUGAAUUUACCACGCAGUUUAACUUACGAAUACUUUAACGCAGCUCCACUCAGUAUGCCUAACGUCAGCAUGCUUAACAUGUAUAAUCUAGGAGUCCAUUUACGCAAGGUAUACGGUGAAUUUUUGGGUGACAUUUACACGUCUGAGACGAUGAAAAUGCAAACGGCCGAAUAUCCAUUGUCGAUGCUAUCUGGUCAAUUAGUAAAUGCAGGUCUUUGGCCUCCAGUAGAAAUUCAAAGGUGGAGCGCCGAUAUAAAUUGGCAGCCAAUACCCACAGAUUACACCGUCGCACAGGAAGAUACUUUAUUAAUGGGAAUACAGUGUCCGAAUUUCGUUGUCGAAAUGGAAAAAGUGCUGAAUAUGGCUCAAGUGCGAGAUAGAGUAUCGAAUUAUUCAUCUUUAUUCGAUCAUAUAUCUCGAUCUAUUGGAGUCAAAGUUCAGCGACCAUCGGAAGUGGCUUUGUUAUACGCUGUCCUGGAGACAAAAGCUGACUUAAAACAAUCGCUUCCGCACUGGGCGAAAGACAUUUUUCCUGAUGGAGCAAUGUACACUGUGUUGUUGUUGGAAUAUGAUCUCCUUUGGCAAACCUCAUUACAAAAGCAAUUAAACGGAGGAACGAUUCUAAAAGAAAUUUUAGCAAAUUCGCUGAUGUAUAUCAAUGGACGCAUUCCUAAACAACGGAAGCUCAUGAUGUAUAGCGGCAAUGAAAGAAAUAUCGUUGGUGUUUUGAAAGGCCUAAAUCUAUGGUCGCCACAUAUUCCUAACGAAGCCGCCUCUAUGAUAUUUGAACUGUACUUUGAUAAUGAAACAGAAAGUCACGGAGUGAAGAUUAAUUAUUAUACGGGAGUAGAUGAUAUCACUCUCUCUUUGAAAAUGCCAAAUUGUACAGAAAUUUGCCCGAUUAAAACGUUUUUGUAUUCGAUAAUGGAUCUGUUACCGCAAAACGCAGAACGAUUAUGUAACUGGAAAAAGAUUGAUCUUCCUAUAACACUAGAUAAUGAUAUUUAUAGUAGAUCUGUAUCGCAUACAUUGAAAAGUAUUACAUUUACGUUGUUAUUAGUUAUUACUUUAUUAGUAAUUAAUUUGCAUUAAUCAAUUUAGAUUCGUCACAAGUAUUCGAAUAAUUUUAGAAAACUCUUUAAAAUAUUUCUCUCUCUCUCUCUCUCUCUCUCUCUCUUUCUCUCUCUGUAAUCUCUUGCUCUCACAUUGAAAUCUCAAUAUCUUUAAUAACAGUUUAUAUUAAUAUAGUCAUUGUAUAGGAUAUUGGAGUAUAUAAAAUAUGAUAUAAUGAGUACGUAGAUAUUAUAAUUUACAAAUAGUUGUGAAAUUUUAAUGAAAAUUGUAGAAAUCAAAUAAAGAACAUACUAA